AUGACGUUAAUCGUUGCAUCGUUGUUUUUACCAUAUGCUCCUCAAUUUGAAGUGAACGCCACCAAAGAUGAAGCUGCAGAUUUGGCUGAGAGCAAUUUGGUCAAGGUCCUACCAGAAUCUGAAGCUAAAUUGAGAAAGAAGCGUACUAGUUCAGUACAUUCAAAUACUUCUUUUAGUCCUAUACAAUCGGUUCCACCAUCUUUGGUAGAUUCAGAUAAUAAGGAAAGAAGAACGUCAUUACCACAUAGUUUUGGGUCAUCUACUGCUGUUCCAACUGCAGCCUCGUCCGCAGUAGAUACAUCUGUAAUGACUUCUGAUCAAUUUUUAGAAAAUUUGACAGCAAAUGCUACAGCUGCACCUCCAACUUCAAGUGGUACUAACCCAGGGAUUGGAAGUGAUGCCACAGUGAAUCCUUUGGGAGUUCCAAAUCGUGAUUCUGAUGAAGAAUUUUUUGCUGCUCAAACUGGCAAUGUAGAUGGAAAUAACGAUGAAUCUACGAAUGAUGAAUUAUUAUCGUUCCCUACUGAUAAUUUAGAUGAUCCACUUUUAAAGUUGGCUAAUAAACCAGUAGUAUAUUCCUCGGUAGGUACGGGUCAUAGUGCAGGAUCCAACUCUUCCGGUACAAUUAUUACUCCUAAAUCUAGAUCCGUUCCCGAUUAUGAUAGUGCAGUAGUUGAUGUAUCAAAAAUUAAAGAAAAACAUCAAGAAAUGUAUAGUGCUUUACCUUCAAUGAAAAGAACCUCUUUUUCUAAUAGUCAAGCUGCGAAAAAACAAGAAAUGGGUGACUUGUUACAUCAUUUCCCAAACGGAUUACCAAAAGCAAUCGAAGAAUCUUAUAGAUCUGAUGAAGAUGAAGAUUCUGAUUUGGAAAUGGAUGCAAAUGAGAUGUAUGUGGUGCCUAAGUUUGGUGGUUAUUCAUCAUUAUCCAAGGCCAAAAUUAACUUAAGACAUUCUCAUGAGAUUUUUUCCCAAAUUCCUUGGAAGAUUGUUCCAUCCCAGAAGGGGAACGGAGCCAUGAAAAACGCCGUUAGUGUUGCAUCUACUGAAAAGACCAUCCAUGAUCCAGUGAUGUGGGUCGGCACAGUAGGUAUUCCAACUGAUGAAAUUCCAAUUGAUAUCUCCAAAAAGAUUACAGAUGAGUUAAAAACAAAAUAUAAUUCUACUGCUGUUAUUACUGAUGAUAUCACAUUUAAAGGUGCAUACAAAAAUUUCUGUAAGCAAAUUUUAUGGCCUACUUUACAUUAUAUUAUUCCAGAUAAUCCAAAUUCUAAAGCAUUUGAAGAUCAUUCUUGGAAUUAUUACCAACAUCUAAACCAACAAUUUGCUGAUAAAAUAGUAGAGACCUAUAAAGAAGGUGAUACAAUUUGGGUCCAAGAUUAUCACUUAAUGUUAGUACCUGCUAUGAUUAGAAAGAAAUUGCCAAAGGCUAAGAUUGGAUUUUUCUUACAUGUAUCAUUUCCAAGUAGUGAAGUAUUUAGAGUCUUUGCACAUAGAGAAGAGAUUCUUGAAGGUAUCAUUGGUGCUAACUCAGUGGGGUUCCAGAAUAAGGAGUAUGCCAGACAUUUUUUACAAACUGCAAAUAGAUUGAUAAUGGCUGAUGUAUCUCCUGAAGAGCUUAAAUAUAAUGGGAAUAUUGUCUCGAUCACACAUACACCGGUGGGUAUUGAUUUUUUCACAAUGAAUAAAGAAUUAAUGAAUGAAAAUGUUAAAAAAUGGAGACAAAUGAUUAGAAGGAGAUGGAGUGGUAAGAAAUUAAUUGUUUGUAGAGACCAGUUUGAUGCUAUUAGAGGUAUCGAUAGAAAAAUGCUUGCCUAUGAACGUUUUUUGAAUGAAAACCCUGAAUAUAUCGACAAGAUUGUGUUGAUUCAAAUAUGUUUGAGCAAAUAUGAAAGUGUCGAGUUAGAGAGACAGGUGAUGGUUAUUGUAGAUAGAAUUAACUCCUUAUCUUCUAAUAUCAGUUCAUCCCAACCAGUUGUCAUUUUACAUCAAGAGAUUGAUUUCCCUCAAUAUCUAGCAUUAAGUGCAGAAGCAGAUUUAUUUUUGAUUUCAUCGCUAAGAGAAGGUAUGAAUUUAACUUGUCAUGAAUUCGUUGUUUGUUCAGAGGAUAAGAACGCGCCAUUAUUACUGUCCGAAUUUACGGGCAGUGCAUCUGUGCUUAAGGAAGGUUCUAUAUUGGUGAAUCCCUGGGAUACAGAUCUGAUGGCAACUUCUAUCAAACGAGCACUGGAUAUGUCAUAUGAUGAAAAGAGACGUAAUUGGAAGAAGUUAAUGAAAUGUGUUAUUAAUAACGACUCCGAUAAUUGGAUUGUAAAAUCGCUGAGUAACAUUAAUUCUGCAUGGGACUUCAAUGAGGAAAGAUCAACUGUGUUCAAUCUUUCCGAAUCUGCUUUAUCUGAUGAUUACAAGAAAACAAGAAAUCAUCUAUUUAUAUUUAAGAUAUCGGAUCCACCUAACUCCAGAACGUUGGCAAUGUUGACAGAACUAGGUUCCAAGAAUACUGUAUUCGUAUUGAGUCACUUAUCGAAGGCAACGGUUGAAAGUCUCUACAGUCGUGUCCUGAAUAUUGGCUUGGUAGUUGAAAAUGGUGCCUAUGUCAGAAUCGAUGGGUCAUGGCACAAUAUUGUUGAACAUAUUGAUUGGAUUAAAGAAGUAGUCAAGAUUUUAGAUGAUAAGAUUGAAAGAUUACCAGGUUCUUAUUAUAAGAUUGCGGAUUCUAUGGUCAGAUUCCACACAGAAAAUGUUGAAGACAAAGAUCGUAUUGCCGGUGUUGUUGGUGAAGCAAUCACCCACAUCAAUACAUUAUAUGAUAAGAAGGGUAUUCAUGCACAUGUCUACAAGAAUAUCGUUUUUGUACAAGAAAGAGGUCUAUCAGUUAAAGCUUUACAUUUUAUCUUUAAAUACUACAAUAACUCAUCUAAUGUUACAAAGAGCCCAAUGAAGACUGUGGGAGGUACCGGUGAAAAACCUGGUGAUAUUGAAUUUGCAUGUAUUACAGGUUCAUCCUCUCCGAUUAUUGAGCCACUUUUCAAACAAAUCAAUGACAAGGUUAAUUCAGGAACUCUAAGAGUUGGUUACAGUAUUGUGUAUGGCGAACCAACUUCUACAUACGCAAAAGAGCAUGUAAAUGGUUUGAAUGAAUUAUUCACUCUAAUUAACGCAAUCUCUAAAUAA